AUGGCCAAAAAUUCCGACCUCGGAGCUUUGAGAAAUGGCCCAGACGCCAGCCCAAUGAUGAAUAGUGACACAGAAACGGCCAUCGCGGAGCAAAACGAGGUCAAGAAAUCGCAGCCCACAGCCCGAGACAAUAUCCUCGCUUUCUGUAUCGUUUUCUGCCAGUUAGUUCAAGCCAUACCAUAUGGCGCUGGACUUAUAGCCGCCAUUGACAUCCCAAAAGCCUUGGAAGCACCAGAAAACAAGAGCGUAUGGAUCGCAGCAUCAUACCCACUAACCCAAGGAGCAUUCGUCCUCAUCGGUGGCCGCAUCGCCGCCGUCCACGGCCACAAAAACACCAUGCUCGUCGGCGCCUGCAUCUAUGUAUUAUUCCAUCUCAUCACUGGAUUCAUGCGAUCAGCAGACACCGUCAUCGUUAUGCGCGCCCUCAGCGGCAUCGGUGGCGGAAUCAUGGUCCCUAACCUCAUCGCCAUGCUAACCAUUGCAUUCCCGCCGGGUUUAAUGCGAAAUGUCUGGGUCGGCAUGUUUGGUGCCAUGGGACGGGUAGGUGCAGCUGGUGGAACUGUGUUCCCUGGCUUUUUUGGACAGUUGACAAGAUGGUGGUGGUUGUUCUUCUUCUUGGCCAUAUUUGGUGCUGUCGUUUUCGGUGCCACCUCGUUCAUCUUGCCUCCUGACGGCGAGCCAAUGGAUGCAAAUGGUACAGUUGACUAUGUCGGGGCGUAUUUCGGAGUCACUGGUCUCGUCUUGUUUAACUUCGUCUGGACACAAGCCGCUGUUGUUGGUUGGGAAGAACCCUAUGUGUAUGCUCUUCUUAUCGUUUCCAUUCUGCACUUCGCCCUCUUUCUCAUCUGGGAAGGUAAGUUUGCUAAAGAGCCCAUCCUUCCCCUUGAUAUCUGGGGCUCUCCGUCAUUUGGGCCAAUGGUAUUGUCCGCCUUUAUGUCUUUCAUGGGGGUUGGUAUCUUCCUCUACUACGUCCAAGUGUGGAAUAUUGAGAUCCGUCACUAUUCCAACCUCCUCACUGCAGCAGCCAACUCCGCCUUUGCUAUCGUUGGAACCUGUGGCUGUUUCGUCAGUGCAGUUGCCGUGCGAUAUCUCCCUGCGCAAGCAGUAAUGGCAACGGGUGCAGUGGCAGCGGUGGUCGCUGGCAUCAUCUUUGCUACAACGCCAGCACAACAAACAUACUGGGCUCAGUGCUUCCCCGCAUUCAUAAUCAUGGGAUUCAGCCCCGAUUUCAUCUUUACAGCCACACAAAUCAUUACCAGUAAUAGUGUCUGGCGGAAGCACCAGGGAAUUGCUGGAUCGUUAAUGGGAACCAUCCAGAUGUACGGCCUUAGUACAGGACUGGGAUUUGCAGGAACUGUUGAGCGAUAUACAAACGAUGGGGGCCGCGACCAAGUUGGAGGUAUUCGACAUGCUCUCUACCUUACCAUCGGAAUGGCAGCUGCUUCUGUGCUGAUAUCUCUGUUUCUGAUUCGGAUCCCAAAAGAUCAACGUGAAGGGUGGGAUAGGGAGGAUGAAGCAGCAGCUCAGACUUAG